AUGAGACUCCUGCAAGGAUCUUCGUGCUCAAGUGCAUCAGAUAUAGCAGAAUUUUCAGAAUGGCUGUUGACUAUAGGUGAUGGCAAGUUCGGACAGCCAGUUAACGGCGAAUCAGAAAUUCAAAUACCAGAUGAAAUCCUUAUAAAAAACUCAGAAACCGGUUUUGAAGACUUGGUCAAUUUUACCUACCCUGAUUUGUUGCGUAACAUGUCUAACUCUGAAUACUUCAGGGAAAGAUCCAUUUUGGCCCCCACAAUUGAACUGGUUGGAAAGGUCAAUGAUUACAUGAUGUAUCGGGUCUCGGCAGAAGAAAGGGAAUACUUGAGCUCUGAUUCAAUAUACAAAGAAGACGACAAUGUUGAGAGUGAGCUGGAUGCCUUUCCCCCCGAGGUAUUGAAUGCGAUGAACUGUUCAGGACUGCCACCGCAUAAGUUGAGUUUGAAAAUUGGAGUCCCAGUAAUAUUAAUGAGAAAUAUCGACCAGUCCAACGGAUUGUGUAAUGGAACAAGAUUGACGGUGAAGAGAUUUGGAGACCAUGUCAUUCAGUGCACCGUUCUAACUGGGACUAAAGCUGGAUCUGCUGUACUGAUUCCUAGGAUGACCAUGAAUACAAAUAACACAAAUCUACCGUUCCAAUUUCAGAGACGGCAGUUGCCUAUAUGUGUCUGCUUCGGUAUGACGAUAAACAAAGCGCAGGGACAAACACUAGGGUGUGUUGGGUUAUAUCUUCCAAGACCACUUUUUAGCCACGGACAAUUAUAUGUGGCGCUAUCAAGAGUCAAAAGCAAACAAGGGCUAAGGAUCCUCAUAGAAAACCACGACGAUCUCCCUUCUAAUACAACAAUUAAUGCUGUGUAUGAAGAAGUGUUUGACAAUAUAACUCCAUAA